GGGAGCGAUCAGUGUCUCACGUCCCUCUUCUACAGAAGACGUCGGAGCAGAAAGGCUGCAAUGUGUACCAGAAUCCAACCAAUCGAGUUGAUCACAGACUGCAAGAACCAGAAUUUUGAUGGCAUCGUCCUGGUGACUCAGAGCAUUAAAACUCUGCCUGAAGAGCUACAAUGGCUGAAGUCCCCUCUGGAGGACUACAGCUCGGUGGACCGUGCCUUGGGCGAGGAGGCUGUCGUCCUCCAGGUCCCUGGUUGCCCUGGCAACCGGCUCCUGUUUGCUUCCACUGGCCCGGUGAACCGUGACUACGAUGACGUCAGGCGCUACAGCGAUGCGGCUAUCUGUGGCAUCAAGCGGGCCAUGAAGGCUGGUAUGCAGCGCCCCCUGCUGGUGUGUCCUCCACACAAAGACUAUGAGACGAGCACACUGGUGGCUGCCCUGGGGGCUCUUCAUGCUCUUUACAUGCCCAUUGAAGUGAGGGAAGCGAAUGCGAACCCCACUCCAUACAAGGUGUGUGUUCUGGGCCUGUGGGUUGCAAAGAAGGAGGAGGGAAAGAAAAUUAUUGAUCUGGCCAUUGCUCUUGAGAGUGGCAGACUGGUUUGCCGUGACAUCGGUGGCUCAGACCCCGAGCGUAUGGCGGCUCCCCGGGUGGCCGACUAUGUGCAGGAGCUCUUCAAGGACAGCCCUGUGACGGUGGAGAUAGUGAGUGACGUGAAGGUCCUGGAGAAGGAAUACCCCUGUCUGGCCGCUGUAAACCGAUGUGCCCACGCCGUCCAGCGCCACCAGGCCAGAGUCAUCAAGCUGCUGUACUGUGGAGAGGGACCCGUUACGACCACUCUGAUGCUGGUGGGCAAGGGUAUCACCUACGACACAGGUGGCGCCGACAUCAAAGCUGGAGGCUUCAUGGCAGGCAUGCACAGGGACAAGUGUGGAGCCGCUGCUGUCGCUGGCUUCUUCCAGACUCUGGCCAAGUUGAAGCCCAAGCAUCUAAAGGUGAUGGGUUCCAUGGCGAUGGUGAGGAACAGCGUAGGCUCAGACUGCUACGUGGCCGACGAGCUGAUUGUGUCCCGCGCCGGACGACGGGUGAGGGUUGGAAACACUGACGCCGAGGGACGCAUGGUCAUGGUGGACCUGCUCUGUGAGAUGAAGGAGAAGGCUGUGCGUGAGGUGUCUCCACAGCUGUUUACUAUUGCCACGCUGACCGGCCAUGCCAUCAGGGCCAUGGGACCAAACUACUCUAUCAUCAUGGAUAAUGGUCCAGCCCAUCGUGCUGGAAAUGCUUCCAAGUGGCAGAAAGCCGGGGAUGUCUUGGGGGAUGUCUUUGAGAUCUCCAGCAUCAGGCGUGAGGACUACGAGUUCCACAAGGGCCAGUCUGAAUACGAGGACAUCCUACAGAGCAACAACCUGCCUUCCUCAGCCACUCCGAGAGGACACCAGGCACCGGCUGCCUUCCUCAUCAUGGCCUCAGGGCUGGACCAGUUCGGUGUGGACUCGGACAAGCCCCUGCCGUACUCCCACAUCGACAUCGCCGGCUCCAGUGGCCCCUUCCCCGGGAUCCCAACAGGAGCCCCCAUUCUCGCCAUGGCAACCCACUAUAUCAAUCUGUAAUACGCUUGUUCCGAGCUCAACACCAGCCCAUGAGCCAAUCAAACGGAGGGAAAUCAGUCUACAGUAGUUUGUGUCCAACAUGGACUACUGCUCUGAUCAAACAUGAAUCUGAGUUGUGUUUGUGUCUUCUCCUUCCUUUGAAGGUGCACCCUUUUCUCAGUUUGUGCCUAUGUUCCCCAUUCUUAACAUAAGUGGCCUAUAUCCAUGUACUCGGGUGCGGGGACACAGCACUACACAAAUACCAUUUUUAUUUUUUUUAUUGUGUGUUUUGUUACUGUGCGUCAAGGGAACGGCCGUUUGAUUAGAUCUAAACUGCCAUAACAAGUACUCCACUCAAUAAAAAAAUGAAAUGUAAUCUCGU